UGACAGGAGAGCGCGGCUGGCAACACUGUCACAGUGUUGUGAUGGAGGCUGGCAACACUGGCUGGCAAUAUGGCAAUGUACCUGUGUUGCUUCCGUCACCUGUGUGGCGCCGCCCCUCACACCACCGUCCCCAUACGCACCACACCCACCAUUAUACUCGACACAGGCUACAUGGGCCAUGAAGUAGUAAUUGUGAAAAAUGGAAUCAGAAUUUGUGGGACUGGCGGUGCACUUGGUAACAUUCCCAUUCUACAGAAUAAAGCCUAUUUUGAAGUCAAACUACAGCAAUCAGGUGUAUGGGGCGUGGGGAUUGCAACACGCAAUGCCAACCUAAACAAAGUGCCCCUGGGGGAGGAUGCGCAGUCAUGGGUACUGUGUUCGGAUGGUACUGUACGACACAAUGCAGAGGAAAAGUACAAAAUUGUUGACAUCCCUCAGGAAGGGGAUAUUUUGGGUGUUAGCUAUGAUCAUGUUGAGUUGAACUUCUACAUCAACGGCAGACCCACAAACACACCUCUUACUACCUUCAAGGGUACUGUGUAUCCUGCCUUAUAUGUUGAUGAUGGUGCUAUAAUGGAUGUUAUAUUUGAUAACUUCAGCCAUGGUCCACCUCCAGGUUAUGACUCCAUUAUGGUAGAGAAAUCCUUGUUGGAAAAUGACUAGGCUAGUGGAAAUUACCGUCACUCAUAAUACUUGCCUCGUGUGUUUCCUCCAUAUGUGUCUGCUGUGAAUAUAUCAUCUGAUGUGCCCUUGGUUAAUACUUAUAGCAAUUAUAGAUGAUGAUAAUUUUAUUAUUACCAAGUAUAGUGCAUGUAUGAACUGUUUCAUGCAUGAUUAGCGAUCAGAAUAUACAGAACUAUAAGUGUUUUUGUUACCUAUUUUGUGUUUAUAAAAUUAUAGUAGCUAUUCAUGAAAGGAUGGUGUGUGUGUUAACAAUAAUGUGUACUGUAAUUUUUUUGCCUUCAAGCCUUUUUUUAUGUUUUGAAGUUUGUGCAGCUGUUGGCAAAUUAUACCAAUACAAUUUAAUUACGUAGGCAAAAGAAAGUCUAAUUUUGCCCAUGCUAUCGUGCCUAUGGAAUCAAUCACAGUUGGGCAGUGUCGAUCUGAAGCAAGUCCCCCACCAGUGAAAAGAUCUCUCGAGUAAAAGCUGGAUGGGUUAUUCUUUUUCUGUGUGGGGGCUCAGCAGGUGUGAAUUUCUUGAUUAAGAUGUUAAUAAUUAAUUAUUUACAUUCAACGUGUGUGAAAAACAGUGGAAAUAUUAAACUCUUGUUUUCUGAAAAUGGUACAAGAAAUUAUGAAUUGUGAAAUUGGUACGCUAUCACGCCUUUAUGGAAUAGCUUGUCAAGCUAUUCCAUAAAGCCCAUACCAACCACACUUGCAGAAAAAAUUUGCAUCACUAGUAAGAUUCUCAACACAAGGUCACACUUCUUAAUAAUUUGACCCGAUUCCAGGAUAUAGGGCUUCAAAAUACACAACAGGAUAGAUACAUACAUACAUACAUUAUUUUGCUUCCCACUGUCAUUGGGUGGGGAGAAAGGCCCUGAACUAGUUUAUUAAUUAUCUGAAGAUUUAUGACUUGAAUAUUUUUGUUUUUAACAUAAACAUUGAAGUGCUGUAUGUAUUAAAGGCCACAAUGUAAAGCUUGAUAAUUCAGAGCACAAGAUGAGAGUAAUACGCCCAUAAAAGUCUACCCAUUGGUCCUGUUAAAGCAGGAACAGUGUAAACAUUUUAAAUGUGGGAAAACUUGUCCAAUAGUACAGUAUAGGGGAAGUAUCCACCAGCUUCCUGCUGGUGCCAUCUAAGAUGAUGACAAUGUUAAUUAAAGAACUUUAAUUGGAAAAUAGUUUGUUUAUGGUAAGGUUAUUUAGCUGUCAAAUUUUACAGUGGUACACAAAAAUCACUUUGUGGUUAUUUUAGAGCAUUAACGGGCAUGUUAUAGCCUACCCCUAAAGUAUCUAUGCUGAAAAUUACAGUAUUUGCCAAAGUUGGAGGUGGUGAAAUCUUAAAACACUGGUAGUUAAAAAUAGAUCUUCAUUAGCUUUGCUAAGGUUCUAAAAUAAUAUUUUUUGUAUCGAUUCUUAAAUACUAUUUUCAUAUUUUAUAAUUUAUUAAGUCCAUAAUUUGGUCCAAGUAAGUUUAUGCAGUGUUGAUGUAGUGUAACACUGACCAUAUCACCAAGCAGCUCCAACUGCUUUACUUUGGAAUAUAAAAUAAGAAUAUCAUUAUAUCCAUGACACAACUUGUAUAUUGUAUCUGAUUAUGUAAUUGUUCUCCCUAAAUUAUAUACCGUAUAUUUAAGAUUGUUAAUUGGUGUUGUCACAUUGCAUAUUCCUCUUGUAUGUUGUGCAUCGUAUACUCAUUCACGUCGAGACAAACAUUGGCAGUUUUCCUUGGUGAUAUUUAUAUAUAAAUUUAUUUAACAUUGGUGUGAUACUUUAAUUUGGUUCAAGUGGGCAUCAAUAUUCAUCUCUGCUACAGUCAUACUUGAGCAGUAUAUGGUAGUUCAAGGGGACUUGUAAGAACUUUGUAAUUUUUCAUUAAAAAUAAUUUGUACAGUAUUAAGAGGAUUUACCAGUAGGUAAAAUUUUAUAUUGGCGUCGAUGCUAAGUAAAAUACAGUAUAUCUAGAUCUGUGCAAAGUGGAUUUCCCAAGCAGUGCUUUGUCAUAAUUUACUGACCACUCAUUUACUGCAUAUGGAAAUACCUAAUAAAAUAUUGUAGAUCUGGCAUUAGUAUAAA